CCCGAGCAGAGACGUUUCCAGUGGGAGGUUCUGUUUGAUAGAAGUUUAGGUGUCAAAGAUAAAGUAGAAGUGUUUUGUCUUCCUGUCUGGGCCGGAACGUGGAAGAUCAUGAACUUUGCGUUCAGACAACAGAAGCCGAGCUGGGAUCGUGUUUGGCCCGAUUACCCACAAUCCCCCAGUGACAAGCUAGAGGCGCUGCAGCAGUUCGAGCAGCAGGAGGAGCCCUCAGACUGGGAGGAGUCCUGGAAACUGUCCGGGGCAGAACUGGAAGCUGAAAAUGAAGAUGAUGAAGAUGAUGAAGAUGACGAAGAUGACGAAGAUGUUGAAGAAGACGAAGAUGAUGAAGAUGACGAAGAAGAUGAAGAAGAUGAAGAAGAUGAAGAAGAUGAAGAAGAUGAGGAUGAAGAUAAUGAUGAGACGUUAACUGGGGCGUCCCGGAGAGACGACGCCUCCCUGAUGAUGAAGAUAAAUGACUUCUUCCUGCCUGGGUGGAGCGACUCCUGGCUGUUCUCUGCAGCUCCACUAGGGGACGACGAGGAGCGUGAGAAGAGCUGGAGCUCCUGCUGGGGAUACAGACAGCAGAUCAGGUGGUGCACAGCUUCACUGGCGUCUCAUCAGCGACACAGCGACAUGAUGACGAAGAGACGAAGAACCAGGAACCUCCUCCUCAGCUCACGGCUGGACGACGGCAUCGCAGACAGUGAAGAGUGGACGGAGGCCUGGAGGACUCCCAAAGGAUGGAUCCAACCAGAGGAGGAAGAACUGGAGGAGGAGGAGGAGGAGGAGGAGGAAGAGGAGGAGGAAGGAGUGAUCAGUGUGGAGGAUGGAAAAGAAGAUGAGGAGGAGAGAGAUGUCAACGAAAUUGAGGAAAAAGAAGAAGACAAGGAAGAAGAGAUGGAAGAUGAAGACGAGAAUGAGGGAGUAGAAGAGGUGGAGAAGAAAAUACAGGAGGGGGAGGAUGAAGACGUUGAUGAGGAAAAUAAGGAAAUAAACAAAGGAGAGGAUGAAGAGGAGGAUGAAGAAGUUCACAAGGAGGAGAAGGAAAUAUUCAAAGAAAGUGAGGAUGACGAAGAGGAAGAAGUUGACGAGGAGGACAUGGAAAUUAAGAAAGUAAAUGAGGAAGAGGAGGAGGAGGAUGAAGAAGAGGAGAAGGAAAUAAACAAAGGAAAGCAGGAAGAGGAGGAGGAAGAUGAAGAAGAGGAGGACAAGGAAAUAAACAAAGGAAAGAAGGAAGACGAAGAUGAAGAAGUUGACGAGGAGGACAAGGAAAUUAAGAAAGGAAAGGAGGAAGAAGAGGAGGAAGAUGAAGAAGAGGAGAAGGACAUGGAAAUAAACAUAGGAAAGGAGGAAGAGGAGGAAGAAAACGAAGAAGAGGAGGACAAGGAAAUAAAUGAAGGAAAGAAGGAAGACGAAGAGGACGAAGUUGACGAGGAGGACAAGGAAAUUAAGAAAGGAAAGGAGGAGGAGGAAGAUGAAGAAGAAGAGAAGGAGAAGGAAAUACUCAAGGAAAAGGAGGAAGAGGAGGAGGAAGAAGUUGACGAGGAGGACAAGGAUAUAAACAAAGGAAUGGAGGAAGAGGAGGAGGAAGACGAAGAAGACGAGAAGGACAAUGAAAUAAACAAAAUAAAGGAGGAAGAGGAGGAGGAAGACGAAGAAGAAGAUGAAGAAAUCGAUGGAGAGAAGGACAAAAAUGCACAUGAAGAUGAAAAAGUAUACAAGAAGGAUGUGGACAAUGAAAUGCAAAAUGAGAAGGAGAAAACAGAUGGAGAGGAGGAUGAUGAUGAAGAGGAAGAAGUGGAGGAGGAGGAAGAAGAAGAAAUAGCAAAUGAAAAACAAGAGGAGGGUGAAACUGAGGAUGUGGAAAAAGAUGUAGAGGAAGAGGAGAAAGGUGAUGAAGAAGUAGAUGAGAAGGAGGAAGACGAACUAAGCAAAGAACAGGAAGACAAGGAUAAGGAAGAGGAGGAAGAAGAAGAGGAGGAUGAGGAGCAAGAGGAGGAGGAGGAAGAUGAGAAGCAACAGGUAAAAGAUUUAAACAAGGAGGAGCUGGGUGGAGAAGCAGAGGAAGAAGAAGAAAAUGAGGAAGAUGAAGAGUCCGUUGAGGAGGAGGUCAAAGCUGGUGAACUGAAAAAGGAAGAGGAUGAAGAGGAGGAGGAGGAGGAGGAGGAGGAAGAAGAAGAAGAGCAAGUGGAUGAGGAGGACAAAGAUCAGGAGAAAGAAGAUGAUGGAGAAGAGCAUGAUGAAGAAGUGGAGGAGGAGGAGGAUGAAGAGGAAGACAAUAAAGACAAGAAGGAAGAAGCAGAGGAAGAAAAGAAGUUGUGUAAAGGAGUCAAACGGAAACUGGACGUCCCGCUGCAUCUGCAGUUCCAUAAGCUCCACGCCUCCUUCUCCUCCUGGAAGCAGUCAUGUGUGGUGGCGGUGGCUCACAGGGGAGGAGAUGUGAGUGAGGAGGAAGAGGAGGAGAAGGAGGAGGAAGAGGAGGAGUGGUGGGCCUGGAAAGAGUCGUGGAGGAUUUGUCGCUGGAAGAAGCCGGACGAGGACAAGGUGACGUGUUUCUCCACCGAACACCGGAGACACGUGGGUCUGAUGCUCGAGGACGACGAGAGGAUGAAGAGCGAAUGGAGUCUCAGCUGGAAGAUGAACAGGACUGCACCGAAAGAGGAGGAAGAGGAGGAAGAGGAGGAAGACGAGGAAGACGAGGAAGAAGAGGAAGAAGAGGAAAGUUGAAAACUUCAGUUUAAAAUGGGUCUGAAAAGUAAAUUUGAAGCAACGAGUAUCAGAAACUUUACAGAGGUACCGACAGAAUCCUACAGAUUCAAAUUCAUGUUUUUGCUUUGAACCAAAGUUUGUAGAUUUUAAUUUUUCAUAGUUCUGCUCUUAUUGUGACAUCAUCGUCCUCCUCAGCGUCGGCUUCCUGUCAGGUGACGUCAGAAAAUAACUGGUUCCAUCAACUGUAAAUAAAAAUGGAGUCUGGGAAGUGCCUGAAACCUGUAUUCUCUCAAACGACCAUCAGGAGGCGACUCCACGUUUUACGUCAGUGUCUAUUGAAAGCUAGGAGACUGUGUGAUUGACAGCUCGUACUGUCCAAUGGGUGGAGUUAGCAGGUGUAGGUGGGCGUGCAGUCAGUCUCACUCAGGCUCCUCCCCCUGUUCCUCCAAAUAUGGUAACUUCUGGUUAUUAAAAAACCAAGAUGAUGCUGAACUGAGGCGUCAGAACCGCUUGGAUCAUAAAACUGCGUCUGAGCGGGAAAGAUCCAGAUCCAUCUGGUUGUGCUCGAGUUACGCUGGAGUCACGCGUGAACAUUUUUGGAAAUGGGCGUGUCCGAUGCUCGGUGACGCUGCCGACAUCAUGACAGCGAUGGUUUCAAGCCCGGGACGCAAACAUGUCGCUGGUUCCAAAUGUUACGUAAACGUUCGGACACGAAGCUCCUCCCCACGUGGUGGGAAAGUAGAUCUGAACCGAAGAGCAUAAAACUGCUUACGUGCAAAAUCAGUCACAUUGUUUAUUGUCUGUGUGUUUCCUCUGGAGUCCAUUUUGUUUCUUACAUCUUUGUAGCUGAUUCCCAAUUGUCUAGAAAUGCUAAUGUUUGCUAACUAGCGUCAUUGCUUAGCCAACACAUUUCUGUCUUCUGUUUU